AUGGCGGCGAUGGACCCAUUGCUAUGUGUGUUGGUUGAUUUAAUAAAAACUACCUUCCUAAAGGCCUAUGGUUUUGGCAAAGAGACUAUGAAAAUCAAGAGGAGGAGCAGAGAGAGAGAGAGAGAGAGAGAGAGAGAGAGAGAGAGAGAGAGAGAGAGAGAGAGAGAGAGAGAGAGAGAGAGAGAGAGAGAGAGAGAGAGAGAGAGAGAGAGAGAGAGAGAGAGAGAGAGAGAGAGAGAGAGAAGAGAGAGAGAGAGAGAGAGAGAGAGAGGGAGAGAGAGAGAGAGAGAGAGAGAGAUAAGAGAGAAUGAGAGAAAGCACAAUGGACAACGGUGUCCAUGGCCCUAG